AUGAUACUUGAUCAUGCGGGCAAAUUUAACGCCGCAACAAUUACUUCUAAAAGAGAAGCACCAGGAUCGUAUUAUGGCGAAAUUGAACAACCUCAAACAUUCUUGUCAGAAACGAGUUCAGUUCGAGUUAUUUUUCAGACAAAUAACUUUACAGAUCAAACUUAUUACAGUUUCGAUUCAAGAGCUGAACAGGAAACUCAAGUUUACUUACGAUAUGGACAGCAUCCGGAACUCUAUCUAAAUAGAAUAGGAUUGUUGAACCCUGGGUUAGAACAAUAUCAAUUAGAUAUUUUAUGA